CGGAGCUGCGCGAACAUGGCCGAAGUCGGCGAGGACAGCGGGGCCCGCGCCCUGCUGGCGCUGCGCUCGGCGCCCUGCAGCCCCGUGCUGUGCGCCGCCGCCGCCGCCGCCGCCGCCUUCCCCGCCGCCGCGGCCCCCGCGGCCCCCGCGCCCGGGCCCGCCGCCCCGUCGCCGCCGCCGCCCGCCCAGCCCCCGCCGCCGCCGCCACCGCCGCCGCCGCCGCCGCCGGGCGCGAUCGCGGGGGGCGCGGGGGCCGCGGGCGCGGGCGGCGCGGGCGGCGCGGGGGCCGCGAUCGCGGGCGGCGCGGGCGGCGCGACGGGCCCGGGCGCGGGGGCCGCGUCGGGCGAGGCCCUGGUGGCCGCGGCGGCCGCCUCGGUGCGCAGGAGCCCCGGGCCCGCGCUGGCGCGCCUCGAGGGCCGCGAGUUCGAGUUCCUCAUGCGGCAGCCCAGCGUCACCAUCGGCCGCAACUCGUCGCAGGGCUCCGUGGACCUGAGCAUGGGCCUGUCGAGCUUCAUCUCGCGGCGCCACCUGCAGCUCAGCUUCCAGGAGCCGCACUUCUACCUGCGCUGCCUCGGCAAGAACGGCGUCUUCGUGGACGGGGCCUUCCAGCGGCGCGGCGCGCCCGCCCUGCAGCUGCCCAAACAGUGUACCCUUCGGUUCCCUAGCACGGCCAUCAAGAUCCAGUUCACGUCGCUGUACCGUCAGGAGGAGGCCCCGGCGUCUCCCCUCCGGCCCCUCUACCCGCAGAUCUCCCCUCUGAAGAUUCACAUUCCGGAGCCGGAUCUCCGCAGCCUGGUCAGCCCCGUCCCUUCCCCGACCGGCACCAUCAGCGUUCCCAACUCCUGCCCGGCCAGUCCACGCGGAGCGGGGUCCUCCGGCUACCGCUUUGUUCAGAACGUGACCUCAGACCUGCAGCUGGCCGCAGAGUUUGCCGCGAAGGCCGCCUCAGAGCAGCAGGCGGACGCGUCCGGAGGGGACAGCCCUAAGGACGAGUCGAAGCCGCCGUACUCCUACGCUCAGCUGAUCGUGCAGGCCAUCUCGUCCGCGCAGGACAGGCAGCUAACACUAAGCGGCAUCUACGCCCACAUCACCAAGCAUUACCCUUACUACCGGACGGCUGACAAAGGCUGGCAGAAUUCAAUCCGACACAACCUCUCUUUGAACCGCUACUUUAUUAAAGUCCCUCGUUCCCAGGAGGAGCCUGGGAAGGGGUCUUUUUGGCGGAUAGACCCCGCCUCAGAAGCGAAGCUCGUGGAACAGGCAUUCCGGAAACGGAGGCAGAGGGGCGUCUCCUGCUUCCGCACCCCCUUCGGGCCGCUGUCGUCCAGGAGUGCUCCAGCCUCGCCCACCCACCCUGGGCUGAUGUCCCCUCGCUCUAGCGGCCUGCAGACCCCAGAGUGCCUGUCUCGAGAGGGCUCGCCCGUUCCGCACGACCCUGACUUCGGGUCAAAGUUAGCUUCUGUUCCAGAGUAUCGGUAUUCCCAAAGCGCACCCGGUUCUCCCGUCAGCGCCCAGCCGGUGAUCAUGACCGUGCCUCCCCGACCGCCCAGCCUGGUGGCCAAGCCCGUCGCCUACAUGCCCGCGUCCAUAGUGACGGCACAGCAGCCCUCCGGCCACGCCAUCCACGUCGUGCAGCAGGCUCCCCCUGUCACCAUGCUCAGGGUGGUCACCACGUCCGCCAGCUCCGCCAACGGGUACAUCCUCGCCAGCCAGGCCUCGGCAGGAGCCGCCCACGAAGCGGCGGGCACAGCCGUGCUGGACCUGGGAAGCGAGACAAGAGGCCUGGAGGAGAAGCCCACCAUCGCCUUCGCCACCAUCCCCGCCGCUAGCCGCGUCAUCCAGACGGUAGCCAGUCAGAUGGCCCCGGGGGUCCCCGGCCACACGGUCACCAUCCUGCAGCCAGCCACUCCGGUGACCAUCGGGCAGCACCACCUACCGGUCCGGGCCGUCACUCAGAACGGGAAGCACGCGGUCCCCACCAACAGUUUAGCCGGCAGCACUUACGCCCUCACCAGCCCCCUACAACUCCUGGCAGCCCAGGCGAGCUCAUCCACGCCGGUGGUGGUCACGCGGGUGUGCGAGGUGGGGCCCGAGGAGCCGGCGGCAGCCGCGGCCACCACCGCCACCGCCCCGGCCACCGCUGCCUCCGCCGCCUCUUCCACCGGGGAGCCCGAGGUCAAAAGGUCGCGCGUCGAGGAGCCCGGUGGGACUGUGACCGCGCAGGCCGGGGUGAUCACGGCCGCCGGCCCGCAGGGACCCGGAACCGGGGAGUGAAGACGCCUGCCUACGGGCCGAGUGGGACGCUCGCCAUAAGGGAUUCUGGAGCCAGGCCCUGACCGCCGACCCCCUGCCGCUUGCGGACCGCGACAAGAAGGCUCCACGGUGACCUGCGCACGUGCCAAACGGACAGGACGGUCUCGGCCUCCCUGUUCUGUCUCCUGCCCCUGCUGUGGUUUAAAACAAAACACAUAAACAAGUUCAGACCGCUGAUUGUAUGAUUCGGGAAUUGUUUGUUUUUAUUUCCUUCUCUCCUGCACCGUCUUCUCUCCUGGGCCCGUGGCCGAGGGCGUGGGGGACGAGGCCGCGGCCCGGCGCCUGGAGGAACGGAUCACGGGCAGACUUAGCCGCGAGCAGAGGCGAGGCUGCCGGAGCACCCGUGGCCCCCGGAGGCCCAGACGGAGGCCGUCGUGCGAGGGAGGGGACGGCAGCGGCACGGGUCCUCUCUGCGGCGGAUUGGGAGUGCGCAGGAGAAAGGCAGGCGCUGCCAGAGCCCGGAGCGUCCCGUGGGGUUUUCUCCCUAAAGUAGCGACACAGAAAGCGUUGGCAUUAAUCCGGGGUGCGGGGCUCAGGCUUGGCUUUCUUAUUUUGUUGAAACGGUGGGAUUCAGGCUUCAUCUCAAAUCUGAGAUAAACACGAAAGGAAGCAGGUGUCUGUGAGGUCUGCGUCUGUGGACAGCGUGACGGCCGUAGGCCUGGGCUUCUUACUGGCAUUAAUCCUGUGACGAGUCAGUCCUGCCGCUCUGUCUGCUAACUUCAAGAAAGAUCGACGGCCUCCCAGACUGGCAUUCGGGGCGGAAAGCUGUGUGGGCGGGAGCGGCCGAGGGUCCUCGUCCAGAGGCCCCGAAACCGGGAAUCGGCGAGCCCUGUGUCCUCCGCGGGCCUGAGGCCCCGGUGCCUGGAUGCCGUGGGACGCACAGCGCUGGCGGGCGCCUCUCGGAUACCGUCAGCAAGUGGCGGUCGCUUUACCACCCGACACGUACCUCCUGCUGUAAGUCAGGCCGUGUCCUGUGCCCGCAGCGCCGGGGCCACACCGCCCCUGUGCUCGGCUCUUGCUGCCUCCAUCGGUCUUGCCUGCGACCUGGCAGCGUGACCAGCGAGUGACGCCAGGCUCCCCGGGACCGAGGCCCCGCGCUCACAGACGCCCCGUGCCUCCUGGAGCCGUCACCACAGCUGGAGGUGAGGCCGCCACACUCCUGGUUUAUAGCCCAGUUUGGGGUCCACGUUCUAGCUCUUCAGCUCCUCUCGGAGAACAUUCUCAGGAAACGUCAAGUGGUCUGUGAAAAGCGACUCUAAACUUGGCCGGCCGCCCCAGCACUGGUUUUUCUGACGGUGGACACCGGGCCCUGCACAGAAGUCCAGCAGGAACAGUUUUUCUUCCUGGAAGUCGCCUGUCCUCAGCAUCGGACUCCAACCAGCAAAGCUGCCUCCCCAGGCCCCCGCCCCAGCGGCAGCGACAGGGAGCGAGCUCGGCCCCUAAAGCCCCCGAGAGAAGGAGCGGGCCUGGUGGGCCGGGUCAGGCGCCAGCUCGGAGCGAAGGAGAAACCGCAGAACAGUCUCGAGGCCGUUCAGGCAAGAUGGGCUUAUGUGCCAAGCGUGGCCGGGGCGGGCGGACGGGCUCUGUCUCACUGCCGUGGUCGUCAGUCGCCGAGGACAAAUACAGAGUGUCCUCCCGUCCGGCCUGUGACACCUGGUCCGACAUUCUUCAAGCCCCAAACCGCUCGUGUCUGUGGCACCAACUUCAACUGGGAGAGAAGCUCUUCUGUGAAGUCCCCACCCACUGCCUCCGGUGACACUGGGGUGGAAGUGGCCGGGCGUGCCGUCCUCGGUGAUGGGAAACCGCACUCUGUUCCGCGUUGGCGAUUUCUGUUUCAUAAACUCUGUCCUUUGCCGCAGCGUCUGGUGUGUGCGUGAGAGGGCAGGUGGGGUGGUGGGCGUUGCACAGGCAGUCUGCCCCUUGCGAGGGCCUCACCUGGGAGGAUCCAAACCCAGGGCCUGCCCUCAGGUUGGCUGUCAGGAGGUCCUGCCGAGGGGACUCUAUCUGCUCACCGGCCGGCAGGACGGCCCCAGGUUUGCCCCCGUGGGAACGCUGGGCCGGCAGCCUGCACGGGACACGCAGGACAGCGUGGGCGCGGACACGGGACAGUGUGGGCACGGGAGAGCCUCGGGCCUUCGCCGGGUCUGGUGAGUCUGGCACCGACCCUUUGCUUGCGCGGCUUUGAAGACGCUUUGGUUUCCGUUCCUUUUUGGUGAUGACCCACCCCAUGUUCGGGCAGUGGUUCCAGGAGAGGGAAGACGAGAGAGGGCAGGGUGUCCAUCGGUGGGUUCUGCCUCGUGGGGAGCUCACGGGAAUGAGAAGGGCAGGGCUAGGCCUUGGGGGAGCUGCCUGUCCGUGCUCACAGACGGUGGGCGUCUGGGUGGGUUCACGGUCCCCUGACCCAAGAGCGGGCCUGCUCCUGCCCACCCUUGGCCUGGGACUGGUGGCCGGAAGGCUGAGGGCAGCCUGCACCUGGGGACCAGAUGCACCUUAGGGCGAAAAGGUCGUUCCGUGUCCCCGGAGCCGACCGAGUGAUGGUCUCCCCCCCACGCUGGAAGCAAGAGUGCCAGGCUGUAAAUGACCAAGGAACCGCGGCCCUCAGAAUCUUGGCCACGUGUGACCCGCCACAGGUGUGGGUUGUAGAGGGUGGGCGAGAAGCGGAAACAGCUCGAUCCCGGCACCAUCCUGGUGUCAGUGUGGUCUCAGGGGUCUCAGAACCUUCUCUUUGGUCACCCGGGGGCCCAGGUGCGUGUGAAGGGGGCGGCCAGGCAGGUGUGGGGCUUUGGGAAGGGCCCGCCUCCCCUGCGUCGUGACACAGGGCACUCGGGCCCUCUCCCCCUGGUACCCGGCUUCCCUUCCGUCUGCUGCUUGACCUGUCGCCCUGUCGACCGGCACCAGAUGCAGGAAAACACCCUCUCUGCACAGGAAGGAAGUCACAGAAGUAACUACUCAGUAGCUGAGCGUUUCCCACCUGGACGGUCUGGUGGGCAAUGGAAGGAAAAGGCCUGUAGCCAGAGCUCACGGGCCGUGUCACAGGGCCCAGUGAGUGCCACGGUGCGGGGCACAGAAGGCCACUGAGGCAGAGCGUCAGGGGCUCCGGCAGAUUUCCUUUUCCACCUUCUCUGUAAAGUAAAGGUAACAGGGCUCACAUCCCCUCGUGAGGUUAGACACCUGCCAGAACCGCCCCCACCCCUGUCCUGGGACACAGCCCUCUGGGCCUCGGCCCACGACCUGGGGACCGCAGGACCGAUGGCCGGGUGCACUGAGCCCCGCGCUGGGGGGGAACAGGUCCGCGUGCUUACAGCCGCUCCCGUCAACUCCCCACUCUCGGUCUGGUGGGUUCAUGUUCAAGGUUUGCGGUCUUCCCUUUGUUCUCUGUGUGACAGCCAGGCCAAAUUGCGAAGGUGACGAGGGAUUUCUGAGUCACUAAAAUGACUAUUCUGUGAUUCUCGAGCUGGCGGGGUGGGGGUGCCGCCACGGCCGGGGGGCGGGGGCCCCGCCGCGCCCCGAUGGGUUCAGCGGGGACCUCCUGGUCCCUUUCCUGCUCCUCACCGGGGCUGGCGGAAGACCAGUUUGGGGCCGUGGGCAUGAUUCGAUCAGUGCUCUCCUUUCCUCUGAGACUGGGUCUCUGUGGAGCAUCCAGAGGGAGGGCACAAGGUCGCUCCAUUCAGAGUUCAGGAGAAGAAGGCGGGCCUUUGGCCUUGGGGUCAGUUUCUUUAUAGAGACAAAAACAGGCCUCAUUUGAAAAAAGAUGCUUAGUUGAACGUGUGGUUGAACGUGAGGAAGCAUCAGGGAAGAAACAAUGUUCCCCGAGCUCUUAGAGCCCAGAAGUGAGUCCCGCGGGUGUGUGUUUCUCCAGACGCCUCACGUUCCGCUUUGCCCUCGAGCGACUGCGUGCGGGACGCAGGGCCAUCUCGGGGUCACACAGCGCCGCCCCCCGCACCCCUGAGAGGCGGUAGCUCCCCCAGAAAAGGGGUCAGGGCAGCUGUGCGCACAGAUGCUGAGGGGAUCGUGAGCUGCUUAUUUCGGGCACCGCGACUCUCUGCGGGUCCCAAGAGGCAGAGCUGCUAAGAGGAAGCCCGGCCACGUGGCCGCCAGUCCCCACCAGGCCCCCCGACCCACAGCCCCACUGCUAGCUUGGCUUAAAGCAAAGAACGUCUCCUCCCAGCCACCCCCCCCCCCCCCGCAAGCCGCCUUUGUGAUACCUCAGCCUCGAAGCAAUAUUUUCUGAGAAGAAUGUAAGUUUGUCCGCGUGCCCGUGUGGGGCCGCCCUCCAGACGGGCCUCCACAGGGGUGGCCGCGCCCGCAGUCUCUUGCAGGGUGUCUGUCCUUCGUUUUCAGCUUGUUUUCCAGUUUUAUACGGUCCUUUCCUUUUACGCAUUCUGUCCCGAGGCCUCGCCUCCCGCGUUAGGUUUUAAAUGCUCAGGACCUGGCCGGGUGGGUCCUCGGCAGCCCCAGGAGCUGGCCGAGGUCUCCACUGUUGUCCCUGGUGCCGGCUCCAGGAUGGGACUUUGUGACGCAGCCACAGGCGCGUUCUCCAAACUGAAAUAACACAGGCCUGCUUGCCCGGCUGCGUUUAAGGAAAAUCGUUUUCCUCCUGCAUUGAGCUUGGCCACCGCCUGUCCCGCAGAGUCCUCAGGGGCCCGAGGCCGUGUGGGGCCGUCUCUGCCAAGGCACUCGGCAACCCCGGCUCGGCCCUGCGGCCACUUGGAGGGACGCUCCACGACCUGCCUCUCCACCGUGUCCUAGGAGGUCCGCGCAGAGGCACCAGGGCCCCAGGAACAAAAUAGGGGUGCUGCCUGCGCCCGCUCCCCCCAGGAGGGGGGACACAGGACAGCUAAACGGAGGUCGGACGUCCGCAGGAUCACUUCUGCGAGCCUGACGGACCCCACGGUGCCUCCGCCACAUAAGAGCGAGCGUCCGUGCCGGCUGCUUGCGGGAGGCCCGGCUCCCAUCUAGAAAAUGACCCCUGCCUCCACCCCCAGACACACGCCUGGUCCCCAGGAUGCUGGAGCGCAGCCAGCUAGUGGUUGGAGGCCCUCCUGCCGGUCGCUCCCAAUCGGGGCUUCCUCCGAAGCUUUGCCCGCCACCCGGGGCUGAGGCUGCACUGCAUUGCUACACAGGAUUGGGAGGAAAUUCUUCGCGUUAGUGAGGCUUGGGGACCCCGUCUCUUUCAGUUCUCCUAACCGCUGGUUUUGGCCGUGAGGAUUCAGCAAAGAGUGAACGGAGCAGUGACUUCAUUUCUGGGCAUGUCUGUCCCCGUUCCUGGCACCUGCUGGCAUCUGGGUGCACUGGGGAACGUGAGGGGCAGGCCCCAGGGGCCGGCAGGAGGCGGAGCUGCGUCCACCGCUCCCUCCGCAGGUUCUGGUCUCGUCCCAGGCGGGUCGGCGAGUCUCCAGGCGGCUCUCUCCUCUUUGCUCCAACCCAGGUAUUUUAGGACUCAGAUAAUAAUUGGAAGAAUUCUGGCUUAUUCUCUUUGGGAAUCUCUUCUGGAAUAGUUUGCUCAUUUGAUUCAUCUAAAUAUUUAUUGGUGGUUUACUCCGCGUCAGAAACAGUAGAAAGUGCUGGGGAGGCCAGGCCCGGGAGGGAUGUGGCCGUGUAGACAGGCCACGUGCCCUGGGUUGCUGUUACAUCGUCUGGCACGUUGCACGAUGUUUUCCUUAGCUGCAGUGGCAGGGCUGUUCCUCUGAGCUGUCUCCCAGAGUCCCGAGGCACCCAGUGACCUGUCGCCCCAAGUGCUGAGCCAGCUGGCCGCACCGCAAGAGGGCCUUGACUCGGGUGGGUUUUCCCCACACAAAGUUAAGCGGCGUGAAGGAUGUCAACCUGUGCCUGCUGCCUCUUAAGCUCAUCACGUCUAAGUUUCUGUGUUAACUGACCCAGAUUCCUCCUCCUCUCCUUUUUUAAUCCACAAAUACGGGAUUUAAAAUCAAGCAUUUUAAAUUUGGCCCUUCCCUGCUUCCCUCCCAGCUCCCUGCCCGGAAGGCUUUCUGGAUACCCAGAUACUUAAUUUACGCGGCUCAGUCUAUAUUUCAGGAUGGGGUGAAGGAGGAAUAAGACAAAGGUGGGACCCAGACUCUCGCCCGGAUCAGCCCCGCAAACCCCGUGCCCACAGCACGGCCCGUAUGAUGAGGGAUUAAACCAGUACAGAGGCUUGUUACCUUCCCUGUAAAGUGACUUGGGGGGGGGGGGGGGGGGCGGGUGUUGGGGGUGAGUGCACGCGUGAGCGUGUUUGUACAGUGGCUGUCUGAAGUAUCUUUUCACCGUAUGUUUCAUCAUCAGUGCUUGAAAAGCGGUGGUUGCCCACACAGUGGAGACUUGGGUUCUGGCACGCGGGACGGGAAAGUGACUUGUGCUGCAGGGCUCGGCUCCCUGGGCCCGCGGCGGGCGUCCGUCUGCGGGAAGCCCUCCCGGGAGGGACCCAGAUGCCCCGGCAGGUGGCAGGUGGCAGGUGGCAGACGGCCCGCGGUCCCGUCCGCUCCCGUCCUCGGAAAGACGAGAGGCCCACCUCACUGGGCCUGCCUGCGUUUUCGUUUCAAAUGGGAUACAGUAUUUUUUUAAUAAGGAGCCAUACUUUUUUUUUUUAAAGUUUGAGAUCUGAAUGUGAUUUCUAAUUGUAUCAGACGUUAAUGUUUUAAAGCUAUAACAAAGUUGCAAAUUUCUACUUUUUGUUUUCCAUUUAUUUUAACUGUCCUUUUAUCUAUUAAAUUGUUGUAUGUGGAUGGGGAAGUUCUGUUUCUCCUCUUAGCAUUUGUUUCUAUAACCAGAAAUAAAAUUAUAUAUUACAGAAGUGA